UUUCUGCCUGAUUGUACUUCAACGCCACAAUGUUCUAUCUACUUGUGGCCGAGUCGCCGUAUAGAAAGUAGUUUUUAAACGGGUCUUGCAUUCGUAGCACACCGUACACCGUGCCUUGUCAAAAUACGUCGUAGUUGAGUUCUGUCUGGAAUAGACAACUGCGCACGUUCUCGUAUGAUGCACGGCUUUGUGAUUUGCCACUAGACUCAACCACGACCCCAGGGCGCUUUGGUCACAGCGCUGGAUACCUGGGAACGAGAUGGGCAGCAGUCAUUCAUAUGCGCAGAAAGUGACGGGCGUCAUACCACUCGUGGAAGAACCUGUCACAGCCGGAUAGCGCCGGUCGCUGGAGUAGUCUAUCUGCGCUUCACUGGUUGUCCACUCAUUCAAGGCCCAUUCAAGCACAGCAACCGACUGACACCACACCGCUCUGUGGCCGGACAUCACUGUGCAGAUUAACAAGAAGAAUGGCGGACAAUGACGUAGUAGAUGUUCAACUCAGUGACACCCUUUGCCACGGUGCGCAGAAACACGGCAUGACCAGAGAAGAAGUCUUCAGGUAUUAUGACAACUGGGCCGACAGGUAUGACAAGGACCUGCAUGAUCUGAACUACAACGGUCCCCGGCAGUGUGCAGAGGCUCUAGCUGAGGUCCUGUCAGGUAACAAGGCCGCACGGAUCCUGGAUGUAGCGGCCGGGACCGGCCUGUGUGCGACGGAGCUGCUGAAGUUGGGUUAUACCAACCUGGAUGCGAUUGACGGGAGUCAGGGUAUGUUAGACAUCGCCAAGUCCAGGAACCUGUACCACAGGUACAUCUGUGACUUCCUGGGGCCACGCCGACUCGACAUAGAAGACGAUCACUAUGACGCCAUCGCCUGCUGCGGUUCGUUCAGUCAAGGUCACCUGAAGGACGACUGCUUCCCGGAACUCAUCCGCAUCGUUAAACCGGGCGGUUUGAUCUGCAUCGCAAUGCGGGAAGAGUUCCUGCACACUGUAGAGGCGUACAGGGGCAAACUGGAGCCCGCCAUGGUGGCCUUGGAAAACAAGGGAUGCUGGGAAAGAAUAGCACGUGACAUCGUUCCCAAGUUCUACCGCGAAAAAGAUGGCGUCGUUUUUAUCUAUAGGGUGCUUGCUCAAUAGUAAAGAAUGCGGUUGAUUUUAAUGUGCAUUCCAAUGCAAGAAACGGGGUGUUAUUUAGGGAUGCUGGGAAUCCUGUUUAGAAUAAAAGUUUUUGCGUAACCCUAUUCUUAGAUCGGCAGCCUCCAUGUAUGCUAGUGUGUGCGAUCAUAUGAACAUUACAUUUGUAACAAACCCUUUGUAAUUGUACAAACUAAUGCCAUGUGAUCUGCUGGCCAGUUAUUGUCAUGAUAGCUGUUUCCAGUCUUGACGCUGGCAAUGAAUAAAAAUAUUUAACGGUGAUGCUUGUGGUUUACUUGAACCUGAACGGGUCAGUAGUGGGUACUGGGUAGGCAUAACCUGAACCUUGUAGAAGUUCACUUACACUAUAAACAGCCUUAAUACAAUCCAAUCUGGAUAUACU